ACCACGGAUCUCGUUUCCUUGGUUCACUUUCCUCACUCAUUCCAAGCUCCGAAAAGAGUCCUUUUGUUUUUGGUGCUGCAGAGAAAGAACCCCAAGCCUUCUCUCCGUUGUUUUAUUCAAUUGAAAGCUUUGUUUUACGAGAAAAAAGGAAUGGAGAGGAGCACGAGCACCCCACAGAGGAAACCACACACUUCCACUGCAGAUCUACUCACUUGGUUCGACACUCCUCAACCCUAUUCCACCACCUCCGCUGCACGCUCCACCCGCCCUCAGCAGCCGUCGGAUGGGAUCAGAAAAGCGGUGUUUGGAGGUCAAGUGACUGAUGAAGAAUUCGAGAGCUUAAACAAAUGUUCCAGGAAACCUUGUUCUGGAUAUAAAAUUAAGGAGAUGACUGGUAGUGGUAUUUUUGCAGCUAAUGGAGGGAAUGAUGAGUCCGAACAUGGCAGUGCCAAUCCGACUCCGAUCAACAAAACUGGAAUACGAAUGUACCAGCAAGCUAUAGCCGGAAUGAGUCACAUCUCGUUUGCCGAGGAAGAGAGUAUUUCACCCAAGAAGCCAACUACUGUUCCUGGGGCGGCAAAGCAGCGUGAGCUAAGUGGAACACUAGAAAAUGAGGAAGCAGAGUUGAAGAAGCAGCUCUCUAAUGCAAAGUCCAAGGAGCUUGGUGGGAAUGACAUCUUUUCUCCCUCGCGUGAAAUUUUGCCGAGGCCAACAACCGUACGUCGAUUGGCAUCGAAAGGCAAUUCUGACAUCGGACCUGCUGGAGUUAGCACGCCAAGUGAGGAAGCUGUGGUUAAGACAGCAAAGAAAAUACAUAACCAGAAAUUUUCAGAGCUAUCAGGAAACGACAUAUUUAAGGGUGAUGUUCCACCAGGGUCUGCUGAGAAACCACUCAGUGCGGCGAAGCUGCGGGAGAUGAGUGGCAACAACAUCUUUGCUGAUGGGAAAGCAGAAUCUCGAGAAUUCCUCGGUGGUGUACGCAAACACCCUGGCGGGGAAAGCAACAUUGCUUUGGUUUAACUUCUUAGGUCUAACACGGUACACUGUCACCGUCUCCUGUGUUUUCUUUUAUCUGUAGUGGCGGUGUGAUUAUAUAUAUUAUUUGGCCUUCACAGUAUGGGUUCUGGGAGUUAUGUUGUAGGUUUACAUAUCAACUUGACCUAUGAACCUAUGUUAAUUACUUUGUCCAUAAUCUUGUUCUUUUCUGUCCCAUUUUGGCGAAGGUGGCUAUCUUAAUCGUUAUAGUCCGUCUGAGUUGUUCAUUAACCUCCUUUUCAUAUGAACCGAGA